GGCUCAGACCCUGGCACUGCUGGCAAUGGCCAUGGCCACAACAACUGUCAAUGUGAUCCCCCUGGACAUGGCCCCAGACUCCUUUGAUGACCAAUACCGGGACUGUGGCCCUGACAUGAAGGCAGCAUUGCCGGCCCUCAAUGGCUCCGAGUUUGAGCAGAACAAGAUUUUUGCUGAGGUUUGGGUAAAGGCUGCAGCCAAGGUGCAGAAUCAGGGCCCCCCUGAGUCCCCUCUGUCCCCAGACCAGGCCACUGCCAUCAUGGCCUUUGCAACAUAUGAUCUGUCCAGCAUGUUCAGUGAGGCCGUGCUUGUGGCUGGGCGUUCCAGCCAGGAGUACCAAGACCACUUCCACUUCAAAAUGCUGCAUUUCCUGCUGACUGAUGCCGUGGCCACACUGAGGGAUGCUCAGAAUGGGCAGUGUCGGGACGUGCUCCUGAAGGUGUGCGACAGCUGGUUCGAGGCACAGCGUGGUGUGUAUUUUUUGCAAUACACGGAUGUGUUCCGUGGGGUGAGGACGGUCCAGUUCAAUGUGACACCUGGUGAGAAAGUCUGCUUUGGUCAAUUCACUUUUUCGUCACUGGAAAAAAUGGUGGCCCAGCAUUAUGGGACAGACACAAUGUUUGAGGUGUACACGUGCCACGGUGUCGACAUCCAGAAAUUCUCCAAUCAAAGUGUGAAGGAGGUGCUGAUCCCACCCUUUGAGACCUUUGUUGCGCGAGGGCUCACCAGGGAAGGGAAGAAAGUGCAGAUUGUGCUUUGCUCCACCAAGAACUCCAGCAUCUACAACUGCGAGUGGUUGCAAGGUGAGAGCCUCCCCAGGAGCUCCCCCCACCUUGGGGGGCUUCUACUGGCCACCGUGGCCAUGGCAGUGGCCAUUGGAACCCUCUAA